AUGCCUAAUCAGGGAGAAGAUUGCUAUUUUUAUUUCUAUUCUUCACGGCCCACCAGUGACAGCUUCCCAUUCCCUCCCUGUGAAGCUGCAAGGAAAAAUGAAAUUGUUUGCACACUAUGGCAAGAAGGUCAUUGUUUUCCACGGGUGUGCAGAUUUUGCCACAUGGAAAUUGAUGAAAGAUGAAGUGACAUUCUUUAUUGGGAAAAUCAGCCAAUGGGAUGUAAAAAACUAAACUGUGGUUUCCAUCACAACAGAGUUUGUUACAUUGAUGGACUCUCCCUGCAUCCAAGUAAAACCGUGUUACCCACUGUGCCUGAGUUGCAAGAAGAAGUAGAGGCUAGCCAGCUCACAGUUCAACAGAACAAAUUGUUGGUCCAAUCUAAUCCCUCCCCUCAACUGCAGAGUGUAAUGCAAGUAGGAAGUUCAGAAAGUGUUCCUGUCCCCAAGCAUCCACCCAUUGUCGUCAGUCUUGCAGAUGGUGAUAAAGAUGAUGGUGAUCAGUUUUCUGAGGAGAGUGAUGAAAGCAAAAUGCCUGCCCUGCAACCAACUCCUAAGGUUCAUAAUGGACUAUGAGUGGCUUCUGCCCAGAAACUGGGAGUCAGUUUCAAGCAAGGUGAAUGUUUGAGUUUUGGAAUAAAAUCUCUUCAGAAAAUAAAAUCAAAGAAAAUGCAGGAAAAAUCCAAGAAGCAAGGUGGCUCCUUCGGAAUUUCUAAUGCUUUAUGUCAGCCUCAGCCUAUUCCAGGCCCUGGAAAGGAGAAUUUUCAGACUGUGGUGAGGACAGUAACUCUAUCAAGCAAACAAGAAGAGCCCUUGGCUAGACUAAGUCUUACUGAAACGGGGAAACAAAAAUUUUCAGUAGGUAGUGACAGUGAUGCCCCAUUAAAGCAAAGCCUUGCACAGAGGCUGGAGAAAAAGGUGGAAGUUCCAUAAACUAACAUUGAUAAAACACCAAAGAAAGAGGAAGUUAAUAAAGCUGGUGAGAUCCACGUGAAGACAUUGGAAGAAAUUCUUGAAAGAGCCAGUCAGAAAUGUGAAGAAUUGCAAAGCAAAUCGAAAACAGAAGAACCAUCACUGGCUGAUGAGUUUCCAUCAAGAACAAAAAGCUUUUCCUCAGUGAGGAUCAAAACCUUCUCUGAGGUCCUGGAAGAAAAGAAACAUCAACAGCAGGAAAUAUAGAGACAGAAAUCCAAAGAGGAUACAUGUUGCCCCAAGUUGACAGCAGAUACUGAGGAGCAAAAGACGAGUCUACCACCUGUUGCUGUCAGCAAAAGACAACCUGAGGAGCCUGCAGGAAGAGCCAGGUUUAUUCAGGAGGUGCAUAUAAGACGAAAGACACUAGAGGAAAUCAAACUGGAGAAGACCCUGAAGGUACAGCGAAGCUCUGAGUGCAGUGCCAGCUCCCCUCAAGCUAAGGCUAUCCCAGGGACAACAAGACAGCUCCGCAUCACCAAAAGAGCAGGCACAAAAGAGAAAAAAAAACUCGAACUUGAAGACAGUGACAUUGCUUCUCAGAGUAGUAUGACUAAGACAGAGGCUAGUGGGACAGAUGAGACCAUAAGCAAUACCACAAAAAUAGUCAAUAGAUUUGACACUGACACACACACACACACACACACACACACACACACACACACACACACUGAGAAACAGUAGGAGUCCAUAGCCUCACAGAAGGAGAAGUAAGCCUUGACAGCUGUCCUGGGAGUCAGGGCCUCCUACUAUACCAGAGUGGUGGGGAAGCUGGUGCUCACUGCUAGAUCAGGCAUCACAGGGCACCUGGCUAAGUGGCUCCCCACAGAGUCAUCCCUAAAGCGGGAGGGAGAAAACUCUGGAAUCGGGGACUCAGUACUCAAAGUGACAUGUACAGCACAGACUAGGGAAAAAAUGAGUAAAGCCAAACCCAAAGUAAAUGUGAAACCAUGUGUGGUCAAGGUUGUUUAAUCUCCCAACCUGGCUCCAGAAUGCAAGGCAGUGGAGGUGCACCAUGCUGUCACUGGAGCUGUGAAGCCACUCAGUGCCGGCAGUGUCCUGCAGGAAAGUCCCACCAAGAAAGCAACUGUGCCUGUGGUCCCACUUCUCUCUGAGGAUAAGUCCAUCACCAGGGAGACAGAAAGCCCUAAGGACAGUUUUGUGCUGACUUCAACCCUGUCUUCUUCAGAACCCUUGCUCCCAGAAGGAUCUGGUCCUUCCUCAUCCUAGGUGGCAUCCAAACCUCACCGACUGAGGUGUGCCUCAACAAGAAAGACUCCACUCUCCAUGGAAGAUGAUUUUGAGAAACUAAUGUGGGAAAUUUCAGGAGGCAAAUUAGACGCUGAGAUCAACUUGGAUCCUGGGAGAGAUGAAGAGGACCUUCUGCUUGAGCUCUCAGAGAGGAUUGACAGCUGA